UUGGUUAUCACGUGACCAGAUGCGUUUGGCACAUAUUUAUUCAAACCACGUUCAAAGAGCAAAGGCAGGACAGAACAAACACACAACAAAGCAAAACAGGACCGCGUUCACAUAUUUACACACACUUUGACAUUUGAGGUGUCAUAAAAAGACACAUCCUGCACAAACAAGUUUUUAACACAUUUAGAACAGGAGAUGAUUACGGCAGGAAGCUGUGGUCACUGUGACGUUAACAAAAAGUAGAAAGCAUGCGGCACCCCCCAGGUUUAUCAGCCUGUCUGUCAGUGCACCAGCAGCAUGGAGAUAGCAACACUGUGUGCUGUUAUUGCUUCACUCAGAGUCGUUCCCAACAGAUCCCAGUUCUUCCAGUAUGAGUCCGUCUUCAUAAGCUGUGGGCAGCAGGGAAACUCUUCAGAGUGGAGAGUUAAGAGGAACAUGUCCUCACACAUAAACACAACAUGUCCUUCAUCCUCAAAUGGAACAAAUGAAUCUCACUGCUUUAUCAGUGACCUUUAUCCAGCAGACACUGGAGUUUACUGGUGUGAGUCUGCAGCAGGAGAGUGUUUUGAUGCCAUCACCAUCACUGUGGCGGCUGGUUCUGUGAUCCUGGAAGGUCCUGCCCAUCCUGUGAUGGAGGGAGACACUGUGACCCUGCACUGUAGACACAAUGCAGACUCAUCCUCCAGUUUCACUGCUACAUUCUAUAAAAAUGAUGAUCUCAUUGGGAGCAGCUCUACAGGAAACCUGACCAUCCACAGGGUUUCCAAAUCAGAUGAAGGACUCUACAAGUGUAACAUCUCUGGAGUUGGACAAUCACCAGACAGCCUGCUGGUGGUUGUUUCUGCAGCAGGGGACCAUGACCCAGAUCACUCUGGCCUGACACACAUUCUCCUUCCUGUGGUAUGCAUCUACCUCUCUGUGGUUUCAGUAAUGCUGCUCAGUCUCUGGAAAACCCACGAAGGUAAAAUCGAUCCUUCAGUUGUGCUCUACACUGAAGUCACCACCAAACUAAACUACAACAGAAGAGGUGAACCACUGAGGAAGAGAUCCUCUUUAUUCUCUUCUGAGGCUCCAAAGACUCGUCUGUAAAUAAAUGCCUCACCAUGAGCUGACUCACAAAGCCUGAAAUCCCUUUUUAAAAUUUGUUUUUAAGAAAAACAUCACUGAAAUACAAAUGACAGUUAAUAAUACCAUAGAGUAUAAAUCAUAAAUACAUUUUUACUGUGAUAUUUACUCUUUGUACAAAUCAAAAAAUUGGGAAAUGAACUUUUCUGGGUUUAUUAACUUAUUAACUUAUUAAAUUAAACAGACAACACUCUCCUGGCAGUUCACUACUUUUACUCAUUAGCUCUCAUAUAAAAUAUGUCCACAAAUGAUUCAUGUGCCUCUUCAGUGUUCAACAUGCUUCCACUACAGACUUCCUUUCGUGUACUUUUUUACAUGUUGUGUCUUGUUUUUUAUAUACAAAUCCCCUUAACUGGAGUCCAGAUGCAGGAUUUGAGUUCCCAUUUAAAAUAUACUGAGAGGUUAUUCCAGGUGUUUUUGACUUCAGUGAGUAUUACUGACUACACAGUAAUCAGCCAAUGAGAUGAUGCUAAAGACAAAAUAGGGGCUUGUUUUUGUUUUGUUAAAUUGUCCUUUUUUGUAUUAGUUUCUUUGUAGUAUUAUAAAAUAAAACAUCCUCAGUACAAAAUCUUCCCCACAAGAUAAUAUCUGUGUACCACCCUGCCUAAUGUCUCUGGAGAGACAGGAAUGAAAACAGGAAUGAAUAUUAUGCUCACUUACACACACACACACACACACACACACUAGAGUUGGAUGUCUCGAGACUGGUCUUGGUCUCGAGACCACUUUUACGUGGUCUUGGUCUUGUCUUGGUCUCGAUGGACUUUGGUCUUGUCUUGGUCUCGGAUCCCUCGGUGUGGUCUUGGUCUUGCUGUCUCGGUUUUGUUUUCUCAGAUCGACAUAGUGGUUGGGAGAUUUGGAGACAACCAUCGGCGGGGGGUGGCUUACUGGGCUUAAGCCCGGGUCAUUUUUUCAGAAGCCCGGGGUCUUUUGGAGUGUAAUUUGUUUCAUAGUUAGAUGCCUGACUGACAACUGUAUAAAACAAAAGCUACACACAAUAUUCAAAGCACAUAGCGCACAGUUGUAAAUUCCCCCUAAUUUUGGUAUGAUCCGAGCUCAGGCACUAGGCGACUGAGCACAGCACUUGCAUGUGAGCGAGGGGAGAGAAGCUUCUGCGAGUUUGCUGUAGGAGAAGUGCAGCCAGGCAGACAGAGGAGAGCUUAAGUUUGACCAGAGUAGUAAUAUACCUGCAGCAUUUUUGCCCCCCCACCCCCUGCAUUAGGAGCAUUUCAUAUUCUUUAGCGCUCUGAAACACACAGAGGCUAAUAGUUUUUAAACAGAAUACCACAAACAACAGGUAUUCCUUUAGAAAUAAACUGUGAUACUUCUAAAAAAAACAACAAAAAAAACACAUAUUCUUUCCUCAUCACUAGCCAAUUCGCCAUUUUAUUUAAAUAUCUGAAUUUUCGGAAUGAUGAUCCAAGCGGGACACAGAGGCUGCUAGUUUUAACGCACCAGAAUGCAAAUAUAAAUAAAAGCCUGGCU